GGAAAGCUUCCCUUCCUUCUGCCUCUGCCUUCAUUGGAUCCUGCUUGCCCGAUCAGAGCAGGCAAAUGUAGCCACCCACCUCUAGGAGGAAAACUGAGCUGCAGCCCUGGUGAAACAUAAAGUUUAUUUGACUAAAGUGACGCAAAAAUUCUUAAAGAGCUCUUUGGCAGCAGAUUAUCUGGAAAUCAGACCAUGUGAGGGGGACUGGUGUACAAAAACCUCCCCAGGAUGCUGAGUUGCCCACAGGCUGAGCUGCCCAGGCUGAAGUAAAUGUGGGUGAAGGGGACUCGAGCUUGGAUCUCUCCAAGGGCAGCGCUUCGGACCGACCCCAAACACAGAAAUUGCCACAUGAUGAGUGGAUGAGUCACAGGAUGAACUUAGGAAAAUGAAAAUAAAAGUCACACUAAACUCUGCUUCAGUUUGCAAACUGGGAGUCCAACAGUGUUCAGAGGGAGAAGGUGACACCAGAAGACAGCAGGACUGUGACUGUGUGUGAGGUGUCCAGCAACGCACAAAGCCCAGCAGAUCCUCCUGAGACGAUGUAAUCAAGAUGGUGCUUGUGCCUUCAAUCUGAUGGAUUUAAGUAUGGAAGAGGAAUUCUAAAAGUGCUGGGAAUAGAGGUGUGGGAAGACAAACCACGAGGGGACCCUGUGGUGCUGCCUGUCUGCAAGUGACCAGAACAAAUCUCAGCAAAAAUGGAAAAAAAGGCCACAAGGAAUGAGACAGAGCCCCUGACUUCCAAGAAAGAUUUCUCAGACUGUAGCAAAGGAGAUGAUUGUAAAGAGAACGGACUUGUGGUCAGGAACCCUAAAUCUGCCCUACGGCUGGUGGAGGAUGGCAACAAAGUCCACCCCAGCCAGGGGGAUAAGGGGGAGGCAGCUCAGAUCUCAAAUGGUUAUUCAGGGGUUCAGAGCUCCGUUCCCUGCAAUGGAGAGAUGGAGGAUGCCCAGGGCACGGCCCCAGCAGCCACCACCACCACUACAACCACCACAUCCACCACCUGCGGGGCCGAAGCUCAGCAGCAGCUGAUGGAGCUGGAAGACAGAGAGACCUGGAGUAAAAAAAUUGACUUUCUUCUCUCUGUCAUUGGAUAUGCAGUGGAUCUGGGAAAUGUGUGGAGAUUUCCUUAUAUCUGUUAUCAAAAUGGAGGAGGAGCAUUCCUCAUUCCUUACACAAUCAUGGCCAUCUUUGGAGGGAUUCCUCUCUUCUAUAUGGAAUUAGCACUAGGACAGUACCACAGGAAUGGGUGUAUUUCCAUUUGGAGAAAAAUAUGUCCUAUAUUCAAAGGAAUUGGCUUUGCCAUCUGUAUCAUAGAUCUUUACGUAGCCUCCUACUACAACACCAUCAUGGCUUGGGCUUUUUACUACCUCAUCUCCUCCUUCACGGCGGAGCUGCCCUGGACCAGCUGCACAAAUCCCUGGAACACAGGAAACUGCACCAACUACUUCAGCAAGGACAACGUCAGCUGGUCCCUGCACUCCAUCUCUCCUGCAGAAGAAUUUUAUACCCGCCAGGUUCUGCAGGUGCACAGGUCUGAUGGACUGGAUGACCUGGGGGGCAUUAGCUGGCAACUGACCCUCUGCUUGCUGUUAAUCUUCACCAUUGUGUACUUCAGCAUCUGGAAAGGGGUCAAAACAUCAGGCAAGGUGGUUUGGGUGACUGCCACGUUCCCUUACAUCAUCCUCUUCAUCCUGCUAGUGAGAGGUGCAACUUUGCCUGGGGCUUGGAGAGGUGUCCUCUACUACUUGAAACCUGACUGGCAGAAACUCCUGGCCACUGAGGUUUGGGUGGAUGCAGCAGCUCAGAUUUUUUUCUCCCUGGGACCAGGUUUUGGGGUCCUGUUGGCUUAUGCCAGCUACAACAAAUUCCACAACAACUGCUACCAAGAUGCUUUGGUCACCAGCACUGUGAACUGCUUGACCAGCUUUGUGUCUGGAUUUGUGAUCUUCACCGUGCUGGGAUACAUGGCUGAGAUGAGGAACGAGGAUGUGUCAGAGGUUGCCAAAGACACUGGACCCAGCCUGCUCUUCAUCACGUACGCAGAGGCCAUUGCAAACAUGCCUGCUUCCACCUUCUUUGCCAUCAUCUUCUUCCUGAUGCUGCUCACGCUGGGGUUAGACAGCACGUUUGCAGGACUAGAGGGAGUGAUUACUGGAGUCCUGGAUGAAUUCCCGCAUGUCUGGGGCAAACGCAGGGAAUUGUUUGUCCUUGGUCUGACCAUCGUUUGCUUUUUGGGGUCACUGGCAACCCUGACAUUUGGAGGAGCGUAUGUGGUGAAGCUGUUUGAAGAAUACGCCACUGGUCCAGCUGUCCUGACCGUCGUGUUCCUGGAGGCAGUGGCUGUGUCCUGGUUCUAUGGCAUCACCCAGUUUUGCAAUGAUGUGAAAGAAAUGCUGGGCUCUGCCCCAGGCUGGUACUGGCGAGUUUGCUGGGUUGCAAUUAGUCCCCUCUUCCUUCUGUUCGUCACGUGCAGCUUUCUGUCCAACCCUCCUGAGCUGAGGCUUUUUGAUUAUGAUUAUCCCUACUGGACCACAGUCGUGGGUUACUGCAUAGGAACCUCCUCCAUCAUCUUCAUUCCCAUCUACAUGGUCUAUCGGUUGGUCAUCACCCCAGGGACACUUAAGGAGCGUAUUCUGAAAAGCAUUACUCCAGAAACAGCUACAGAAAUUCCCUUUGGAGACAUCCGCAUGAACACAGUAUAAGCUAACCUGGUUCUGGGGGGAGGGAAGAGGAGCACAAAAUGCCACUUUCCCCACCCUCUCCCCGCAAAGAAUCACCUUCCCAGCUGAGACAACAAACGGAGUUUUCCACAGAGGCUGCACCACUGACAACACUCAGAAAGGUGAUGCCUCCAAGCAAUUUAUUCAAGCAAUUCAAUGAAAUCUACUGUGCACUUCCAAGCAGGUUGAACUGAGCACUCACUCUGGAACACGAGGGAACAUCCCUGCUCCAGGAGUGGCACCGAGUGCCUGCAGCAGCCCCUCCAGGACGAGCAAGGCACGGCAGGAUUAGGUGUAGACCCCCAGUGUGUGGCAGUGCUCCCAUAUCUCCCUCCGUGUGAUCGUUCGUACCGGGCAAUGUCGUAUUCGCUUCUAAGGUUCUCUAAUUGCUUCAACUACAUGGGAAAAUGCACAAAUAUUUCUGAUAGCCAUACAUUACUCGAGUAACGCAGGGGUUUAUAAACUAGGAAAACAAAAGUAGAAAGUUCCCUAGGUUUGUGGUGGAGUAGACAGAGGGAGAGGAAAAAUGCUAAGCAGCACAGCUCUGCACACACCAGCACACACAGCUGGUAGCAUUGGCCCUCUUUUCAUUUCCUCUGUUUUGUAAGUGGUAACAAUUUCUACUGUUUGUUGCAUUAAAAUUACUGCAAAAGCAUUUUUUGUGAUGUUUUAGGCUUCACUUUCCUUUAGAUCCACUCGAGCCACAAAAACUCAUCAUGAGUUAACUUGACAAGCACUCAAGUUGCCAGCACUUACUGAACUGUUUCCAUAACCAAUCAUUGUCCUGGCAGACCUAAAGAAACUACAGACCAACAAUGAAUCUUUUUGAGUUCUCAUGCCAAAAAGUGGAAUCCUAAAGUUCUGUUUCUCUGCUUCACUUCACUUUUUUUUUUUUACAGUUAAUUUCACACCUAAAAUUUGCUGGAGCCUGUGGGUUUUUCCUCCUCAUAUUAUAGCGUGACUGCAUUGGGUUUUCAAGCUGAAGAAGAAAAGGAGAGGAAUUUUUUUUCUUAGGAAGAAGUUGAGCAGAAUUCAGCAGGACUGAUUCUCAUCAGAACAAUUUAUAUUAAAUUUCAAGGCACUGACACACCAAUUAACUCCAUACUAAGCUCUUCACACGUGCUCCCCAAAUGCAACUGCCCUUCAGCCUGGCUGCACCUGCCCUGUCCCUUGGAGGACACAAGUUCUGCUGCACUGGAAGUGCAGAUAAACCCAAGCAGGCAUCAUUCAUGCACAAACCUGCGUUGUAUUUUUAUUCCGACACAUAGAUUAUGAUGAAAGUAAAAUAAAAUAGAGGAUAAAAGUCUCUUUUGUAUCCCUUUGCUAAACUUCUCAAGGUUCCCUGUGCACCCAGAGCAGGGGGCAUUAAGGAACCCAUUGGAGUUUACCUGGGUAUGAAGAACUUGCCAGGUGAGAGGAGAGCAGGGAUGCUGUGUUUGCCUUCUGAAAAUAUUUUCAUCACCUCUGCCAAAGUUUUUCCCUUAUGUGUACCUGGAGAAAGGUCUCUUCCACUUCCUCUUCCACUCUGGCUAAUGACUUUUGAGUUUAAGUUUCAAGCCCAACUUCCAAUAAGGAAAUAACUUAAGAGGGACAAGGAGUGUUCUUUGAGAACUACAGACUCCUGAACUAUAUUUAGAAAGGGAAUAUGUUCUUUAAUUGCCACUAGAAAAACAUAAUAAACCUGUCUUACUGGAUGGUUCCUCAUGAGAAAUAGUUUUGUAGCUCAUGCCUCAAGUGUAUUUGAAAACUACUUCUAAAAAUUAAAUUUUCUGAGUUCAUUAACUGAAAAAAUACACAUGAAAUGUCAACGUAAGAUAAAUGAGGUAUUUGCUGUUUCCAACAGCGAAGUGUGGGAAAUAAAGGAGAAAACCCUACCCAAUUUCUUCCCUCUUCAGACAGGUGUUCAGCUAACAAAAAAAAUUUGUCAUUUUUAAGACACUGACACAGGACAGAUAUUGCCUCUCUGGGAGGUUUCAGAGAGACUUCUCAAGAAAUGUCACAUUUUCUAGUGAAUUAAAUCAGCCAGGAAGCCCUGAUACAAACAAGCCCUGCAAUAGCUGGAACAUGAUGACAACAUGCUUUGAAUCUCAAGAUACUGAGAGAGGAUGAAAAUUCUUAGAAUUAUUUGCAGAUACAAAAAGCAAUGUAGAUUUAAAAGGCUUUUCUUUUCCUGAAUAACACAAAGAUAAAAUACAUCCAUGUUUUCAUUCUGUAAGUGCUGAACUUUAAAGGCAGUUUAGUCCUCAUUACAUUUUUGUUACAUGGUGUACUGGUUUGAGUAUCUUAUUAUGCUACACUCAUUUUUUAGUAUUUCUAUUUAGCUGAGUGGUUGAAAUAGUGAGAAACUGACUUUAUUUAUUUAUACAAUUAUUUUUUUUUUCCUUUUACAUACCCAUGUGAAAACAUGUAAAGUAACCAAUAUUUAUCAGGUAGCUCAGCAAGCAGCCAUACUUUAAACACUGGUUUUGUAUAAAAACUACUUAUAUUGAUACCAAAUGAGCUGCACUGCAGUUACAAAGUGUUUUGAGGCAAAAAAAUUCCUUCCAUUCACCUCACCUUUCACUCAUCUAUCACAAGGAUCUCCUACCCUCUGUUCUGCACAGUGAAAAGGAAGUAAUGAAACUGGUAAAUUAGGACCAUCUUUGCCUUUUAAAGAGAAUUAAACUGGAGUUUUAGCUGUACAGAACAAAGCAUUCCCUCCAACUUGUACAUGAUGCACCCGUAUUAAUUUAUGCAGCUGUUUAGUUACAAGUGUUGCAAGCUGAUUGUAAGUCAUCAGUAUGUGCCUUGUACUGUAAACUGUUAUUGUAAUAAAUUUAAUAUUCAUAAACCAUA